AAAAUUUUCAUGUAAAUUCGGUGCCAAGCCACCGCAAGUAACAGUCAUCGCCGAACAUGACCGUUUUAAGUUUGAGUUCCAAUACAAAACGCGAAACUUCCAUGCUAUUGCUUCUCCAACACUCCCACAAAAGCCUUCAAAAAGGAAGAACAAAAAAGACCCUUCUCUGUUGCUCCCCUACCCUGCACACCUUUUCAUAGUUUUCAAAAAAAUUCCAUAUUCAAAUCUCAAUUAUUGCUCUCAUUUUGCGUAUACACCAUUCAAGAUUCUCAGCCAGUGUUACUCCACGCACCAUCCCUGAACACUCCAACAUCAUAUCAUAUCAUAUCACGUUUUAUUUACUCUUCAUCUCAAUCAUCAUAAGGUAUCUUCAAGAUUCAGAUACAUUUUUUUUGUUACAUAAAGUUUAGGUGAGUUCGGUCUAGGGAAAGAGGAGAACAUUCCUCAAGGUUAUAAGAGAGCUUACAAAAAUACUUAGAUGUCGUCCACCAACAAAAAGGUUAGAACUCCCACAGUCGUUUCCACUUUAAUUUUCUGCAAAACGCGAGCCGUUUCCACCUUUCCGCGCGUGAAACAGUAAACGCCGUUCAGUUUUAAUUCCUUUUGUUGGUUAUUCUGUUGACUAUGAAGUACUUGAGGAAUCUACGUUAGUCUCAUCACGAUCGUGUGUUCUUUUUUCUAGGUAGUUUUCUAAGACUCUUCUCUUUAUUUUAAUCUUUCACUCUCGUGGCGAUUUGUCAAAAGAAACUUGGUUCCUUGUGCUUGAAGCCACAAGCAAUAAUAACUGGUAUAUUUUUGGCUUCGGGGUUAUUACUUCACGACUUUUGUGUUACUUGCGUUGGUGGAUUUAGUUAUAAUUAACGAGUCGUUUUGGUUAUCGUGAAGCUUCCAUUUUGUUCAUUAAUUACUUGUCGCAUUGAACAAGUUUUCAGAAGUUGCUUGGAAAAUGGAAACUGCAACCUCAAGGACGAUACACUCAUAUCAUUUUAUAUAGCAUUUGGAAGAAUUAUUGGUUGUGUUCAUUGCUUCAUUUUUAAUCGUCUUCGUAUUUUUGGGUUUUCUGAGAAGUGCGUGUGUUGAUGGGGGGUCAAAAUUCUAAGGAGGAAAGUUGGAGGCAGAGUUCAUCUGUCAGGUCUUCUUCUUCUUCUUGGAGUGCUUACUUGGAUCCACUAUCGAGUUAUGGUUUCAAUGAACCGCAACCAUCAUAUUCUUCUUAUGGCUAUGAAGCUUAUGGUGGCGAUGGAAUGGUACGCUAUGAUAGUACAAAGCUAGAGAGGAGGUACUCAAGAAUUUCUGAUCAUUACAGUUCCAUAGAUCAGGUUAGUGAGGCUCUUGCACUUGCAGGCCUUGAGUCUUCUAAUCUUAUUGUUGGUGUUGAUUUCACCAAGAGUAAUGAGUGGACAGGCAAGAAUUCAUUCAAUAGGCGAAGCUUGCAUCACAUUGGGAGAGGUCUGAACCCUUAUGAGCAAGCAAUAUCAAUUAUUGGGAAAAGCUUGGCAGCAUUCGAUGAGGAUAACUUGAUCCCCUGCUUUGGAUUUGGAGAUGCAUCAACACACGAUCAAGAUGUCUUCAGUUUCUAUCCGAGUGAAAGAUUUUGCGAUGGAUUUGAAGAUGUGUUGAGUCGGUAUAGGGAAAUUGUUCCUCAUCUUCGACUUGCAGGUCCUACUUCAUUUGCGCCAAUAAUUGAAAUGGCCAUGAGCAUUGUUGAACAGAGUGGAGGCCAGUACCAUGUGUUGGUGAUAAUCGCAGAUGGCCAGGUAACAAAAAAUGUUGACACUAAACAUGGGAGACCAAGUCCACAAGAACAGAAGACUGUGGAUGCCAUAGUUGCAGCUAGUAAAUUUCCUCUUUCAAUCAUAUUGGUUGGCGUUGGAGAUGGACCGUGGGACAUGAUGAAGGAAUUUGAUGACAAUAUCCCAGCUCGGGCCUUUGAUAAUUUUCAGUUUGUGAAUUUCACAGAGAUUAUGUCAAAAAGCAUCCCUCCUUCACGAAAAGAGGCAGCAUUUGCACUUGCUGCAUUGAUGGAAAUUCCUUCUCAGUACAAGGCAGCAAUAGAGCUUAAGCUACUGGGUAGUCGGCAAGCCAAUGCUCCUCAAAGACAUGCUCUUCCACCUCCCAGAUAUAGUUCUCAUGCUGCAAGGUUUGAGCCAAGUAUCCCUCCUCAACAUGGCAACAGCCACCCAUUUGCCACAGCUCCUUCUGCCCCAAGUUCCACUUCUGACAAUCAACUUUGUCCCAUUUGUCUAAGCAAUGCGAAAGAUAUGGCCUUCGGAUGCGGGCAUCAGACAUGCUGUGAAUGUGGACAAGAUCUUCAGUCAUGCCCCAUGUGCAGGAGCCCCAUAAAUACAAGAAUUAAGCUUUACUAAUCGUAUGUGGCUUGGGAAUUGGUAUUAUUUUUUUUCUUAUUUUUGUGUUGUGCCAGUCACAAUUCUUUGGUUUUUUCUUGAUUCGUUAAAUUCAUCAAAGGUUAGAAGUAGGUGUGGUUGGGUGCAACACUUGAUCAGAUGUAUGUUUCCAGAUAUGAAACGGGGAAUUCUCCAUCAAUUAUUGUAGAUAUAUUCAUUUGAUGAAUUAUAUUUUUUCUUUUUUUUUCUUCCUAUCA